UGAAAUAACAGCCAGUAUUAGCUCUUGAGGAUCCCAAGUCGGUGUAGUGAAAUGCUUAGAACAAUCAAAACAUGCAAAAAAAAAACAAAAAAAAAAAACAACGAAUUCUGCUGCUUUCCUGUCGACGCUGCGUGUUGACAUCACCGUUUCACUACGGCUCCGCCUCCGCACUCUGCUGAUGCUCAUCCGCCACUUGCAUCAGCACCAUUUCUGGCAUCCCCAUUAGGCAGACGCGCAGAGAGAGAGACAGCCUUACCCACCUCGCCGGAGCGGAGAGAGAGGCGUGAGACUUGCCGCUACAGCAUCCCGAACAGACAUUUCACAGUCCGGAGGCCCCCCGCAGUCGACGCGUCGCUGCCCCAGAACCAGCCGAAGAGGAAGCCGUCACAAAGCACAGCUAGCCCACUCCCAGUAAUGGAGAGCCUGUUGGAUAAUCCGAUGAAAGCCGUUCUGUACCUGAAGGAACUCACCACCAUCGUCCAGAACCAGCAGAGCCUGAUCCAGACGCAGCGCCAACGCAUCGACGAACUCGAGCGAAAGGUGGAGGACCUGAUCGGGGAGAACCGACAGCUGCGGGACCCCCACCUCUACGUCCAGCAGCCGUCCUCUCAGCAUCACCACCACCACCAACAUCACCACCACCAUCCGACUCAGCGGAGCGCCAGUCCCCAAGCGCCGGCCCACCUCCAUCAGCACCCGGGGAGCGCCACCAAGGCAGCGGCGCACAUCGGCCAGCAGCAGCUGCCGCCGCCGCCUCAGCAGCAGCAGCAGCCGCCUCCUCCUCCUCAGCAACAGCAAAUUAUCCAUCAGACAGCCCAGCCUCAGCAGCAGCAGCAGCACCCGACUCCCACUGCGCCGUCUUCCCACCACCCGCAGCAGCUGCAGCUCGUCCCCACCUCGCCGCAGUCGCCCAAAGUGAGAAAAGCCGGCUCCGAGUCCGCCGAGGACGACAAGAGGAGCGCCUGCUGCAAGUCUCUGGUUCCGCAGACUCCAAGCACUCUGUGUCGCUCGGUUGGGCUGGCCAGGAAAGCAGACAACCAAACGGUUCUUCACCAGUUCUGCUGCCCAGCCCCGGAGGCCCCUGAGGCGGAGACCUCCACUGCCUGUGUCCCCAGCGAUGAACUUUCCCCGGACUCAUCUGUGGGGCAGGAAGGGAAGGGAGGUGAGGGGGAGCCGCAGAGUGAGGACCAGUCACAACCAGAACCAGAACCGCCACAGCCACAACAGCAGGAGCAAAAGCCUGAACCCCAGACUCUGCCAUCACAGCCCCAGCCUGAGCCAGAACCCCAGGCUGAACCUCAGCCACAGUUGGACGUUGAACCCCAAUCCGAACCUGAACCUGAGCCUUCACCAGAGCCCGAUCCUCAGCCCCAAGACGAGUCCGUGACCGAUACCGCGCCACAGGACCCUCCUGAAGCCCCGCCGCCUUGCCGUGAGGAGAAGAUGGCGGUUGAGGCAGAGAAUCACAAAUCAGAGGAGGUUGCUGAGGCAAAGACAAGACAUGAAAGAGAUGAGGUGCAAGGUGAGAGCGGCGAAGGCAAGCCAACGCAAGGGGAAGAGGAUGAGGAAGAGGGAGGAGCAAAAGGAGGCGGUGCAGGCAGAAGGGCCAGUCUACAUCACACAGCCUCACCCCUGAGGGUGCAGCGCAACGGGGCCGGCUCACACUCCGCCUCCUCUGACUAUGAGCUCUCGCUUGACCUCAAAAACAAGCAGAUCGAAAUGUUAGAGCACAAAUACGGCGGCCACCUCAUCUCCCGCCGUGCUGCCUGCAAGAUCCAGACUGCCUUCCGCCAGUACCAGCUCAGCAAAAACUUUGAGAAGAUCCGCAACUCUCUCCUGGAGAGUCGCCUGCCCCGACGCAUCUCCCUGCGCAAAGUCCGUGUGCAAAACACAGAGGGGUUCUCGGCUGAACGGGCCCUGGCAGAAGGCUGCAACUUGGCAGGCAUUCCUUUGGUGCGCUCGCCGUCUUUGCCCGCCUCGGUUGGCAGCACGUUGACUGACCUGGAGGACUCCUUCACGGAACAGGUCCAGUCCCUUGCAAAGUCUAUUGAUGACGCGCUCAGCAACUGGAGCCUGAAGACCAUGUGUUCGCUGCAAGAAGGUGGCGCCUAUCAGUUCAGCGCCGACUCCUUCAAUGCAGCGGCGGCGGCGGCCGCCGCUUCGGGUGUGGAAGGGGGCUGCGAAGGUGGCAGCGUGGGACAAGCAGCAGUUCAUCAGGGUCCGGUUGACCCAAGUGACCUGUCAAGAAGUGCAAGUAAGCUGAUGAUGGCAUUCCGGGAUGUAACCGUGCAGAUCGACAGCCAGAACUUCAGAGUUUCAUCCUCAGUCAUGGAAUCAUCAACUUCAGUCACUCUGGGCAGCUGUAUUCAACAAGGGGCCUCCACCUUCGUAACAACCACUUCCUCAACGACAAACUCCACACCGGCCCCUCUCACACAUGGACCACCAGAUGAACCCCCACCUCCAGAGGCCCCAACAGAACCAAUAGACGCACCGCCGCCACCUCAAGAGCCCCCGCCACCCCCGGCAGAGACAGAAAUAGAAGAAGACGAACAAGAAGUUGAAUUUCCUGCCCCUCCCCCUAGUGAAGAAGAGCUGAAUGAUGAGACCCAACCGCCCCUCACCCCUCUUGACAAGAUGUCUGCCAUUCAAAGCAUAGACGAGGUGGCGCCACCACCACCUCCUCCACCGACUGAGCCCGCUCAUGUCCUCGUGCCUCAGGAGCCCCCGCUGCCGAGGAGCUCUCCUAUGGCGGAGCCUCUCGAUGUCAAGAGAUGUGGCUCGGAGACGGCGGACAACAGCUCGGAGCAGAUGAGCAGCAGCAGCACGUCGACCGAGGCGCGCUCGACGUCUGAGGCCUCAUCCAAAGAGGCGCUGCAGGCUAUGAUCCUCAGCCUUCCACGCUACCACUGUGAGAAUCCCGCCAGCUGUAAAUCCCCCACGCUCUCCACCGACGUCAUGCGGAAACGCCUAUACCGGAUUGGCCUCAACCUCUUCAAUCUAAACCCUGACAAAGGCCUCCAGUUCCUGAUCUCCCGCGGUUUCAUCCCAGACACGCCCAUCGGCGUAGCCCACUUUCUGCUCCAGAGGAAGGGCCUCAGCCGACAAAUGAUUGGGGAAUUCCUAGGAAACAGCAAGAAGCCGUUCAACAGAGACGUCUUGGAUUGUGUGGUGGAUGAGAUGGACUUCUCAGGCAUGGAGCUGGAUGAAGCGCUGAGAAAGUUUCAGGCCCACAUCCGCGUCCAAGGAGAAGCCCAGAAGGUGGAACGUCUCAUUGAGGCCUUCAGCCAGAGGUACUGUAUGUGCAACCCUGAUGUGGUGCAGCAGUUUCACAACCCAGACACCAUCUUCAUCCUGGCCUUUGCCAUCAUCCUCCUGAACACUGACAUGUACAGCCCCAACAUUAAGCCAGACCGCAAGAUGCUGUUGGAGGACUUCAUACGUAAUCUGCGAGGUGUCGACGACGGAGCUGACAUCCCCAGAGACAUGGUGGUGGGCAUCUACGAAAGAAUACAACUGCGAGAGCUGCGCUCAAAUGAAGACCACGUCACCUACGUCUCCAAAGUCGAGCAGUCCAUAGUAGGGAUGAAAACGGUCCUGUCCGUCCCUCACAGAAGAUUAGUGUGCUGCAGUCGACUUUUCGAGGUAACAGACGUCAACAAGGCACAGAAACAAGCAGCGCACCAGAGGGAAGUCUUCCUCUUCAAUGAUCUAAUAGUGAUUUUGAAGCUCUGUCCAAAGAAGAAGAGUUCUGCCGCCUAUACUUUCUGCAAAGCUUUGGGCCUACUUGGCAUGCAGUUCCAUCUUUUUGAAAAUGAAUACUACCCUCAUGGAAUCACGAUCCUCUCCCCGUACGGCUCAGACAAGAAGCAGGUGCUCCACUUCUGUGCCCAAAGUGCAGAGGAGCUGCUCAAGUUUGUUGAAGACCUAAAGGAAUCGAUCGCAGAGGUGUCAGAGAUGGAGCAGAUACGCAUCGAGUGGGAGCUAGAAAAGCAGCAAGGAGCCAAGAUGCAUUCAGUUAAGAGCAAUGGGACACAGCUAGAGCUGCGCAGCAAACAGGGCUCGCUAUCAGGAAACACAGAGAUAGAUGAAAGAAGCGGACACAAUGCAGUUGAGGUGUCAAUUCACAACAGGCUUCAGACGUACCAGCUCAGCAGCAGUGCGGCUCAGAGCCCCGAGAGCGCGGCCCUUCUUAACAGCCGUGGGGAGCUGCUUUUCCAGCAGGGGUUAACACAGGGGCCGGCGCCUCCACCUCAACACCCGCGGCUGCAUUCCGCGGCGAGCACCCCCGCCCACCACUUCCCCAUUCAGCUGCAGCACCAACCCGCCGUGAGCGUGGCCGACCUGCGACCCGAGGCGCUCAUCCAGUGCCAGCAGAUCGUCAAAGUCAUCAUGCUUGACAGCAGCGGCCACGGACGCGUGGAGGCCUUCCUCAGCCAGACGCCCACCCACCCCCACCACCACCACCACUACCACCACCACCACCACCAGCUGAGCCAGUCUGCGAUGUCCAGCCCCGUCCGCUCACCAGACGGCUCGUACGGCAACGACGGGCACCAGCCCCCGCUGCCUCCCCCGCCUCCACCUUACAACCACCCGCACCAGUAUAUACCCCCGGACCCCCGCCUCGGUCUACACCGGACCCCUAGCGGCUCUCGGAGUAUGUUGUAAAUAAAUCGACACGAAAUUUCACAAAACCUUCCUUCAGCCUAUUUAAGAUAUGUGUGUACAUAAUGUACAGCUACUGUAUACAUACAGAUGAAAGAGCUAUAAUGAGAAAAUAAAACUCCACUUAUAUGCAUAUAUUUAAAGAAAAUAUUAAAAUGAUAAAUGUUUUAAAUCAGACUA